AUGGACUACUUCCUGCCGUCGUUUGUACAAAAGCGGUUGCUGCGGUACGCACUCUCUCGGCUUGAGCUGGUUGACACUGAAGCUAUCGACCUUGAUAGCCUGGGUAUACGAUGGGGGCAGAGGAGUACAUUCGAACUACGCGAGUUAGGUCUCAGGUUAGACAAACUCACCUCGAUCCUCCGGUUACCGGCAACAUGCAAGCUACUGAAAGCACGAGCUUCACUCAUACGAGUGACAAUACCGGCCGACAUCUACAGCAGCGGGAUAAUUAUCGAAGUCAAUGGUGUGGAUGUGCAUAUACAGCUGUUGUCUGGAAGUGAAUUAGGAAAUGACACACCGACUCCCGGAGAGUCUGACCAGAGCGAUGGACCCGCGUUGCCCACGACAAACGACUUAGCGCAGUCGUUUAUUGCCGCCGAACCUAGGGAAGAAAGAGCCGAAAUCGAGGCCGCAAUUUCGUCGCAGUCUCAGUACUUGCAACGCUCGACCACUUCACUAAGCGAUGAGGAUGAGGUUGGUCUCGGUAAUGAGGAAGUUUCACUUCCCAGCUUCAUUUCCGGCUUUCUGCAGGGAGUCAUAGGCAGACUACAAAUCAAAGUCAACAAUGUCAAUGUUCGCGUUGAUAUGGAUCUUCCACAGGAUGGGCCCAUAAAAAGAAUUCCGACAGACAAACCGGGCCAGCUGACAGUGUCACUAGUCGUUGGCGAGUUAUCGAUAGGCGGUGUUACUCAACAGGAAGGUCAAACUGCUCCACCGAAUGCGACAGGAAGGAAAAUCACGUUGGAUUCGAUAGGUGUGUUCCUGAUAUCCGAUUCCGUCGUCUUCUCCAACUAUGCACGAUUUGCUGCCGCACCGUCGUCUCCUUCGACCACCACCUCGAAUCCCGGACAUAAUAUCAGACAAGCACGAAGUGUUUCGCCAUCACAGUCAGCAUCCAUAUCCGAGGGCUCGGGGCUAGGCCUUGCGCAAUCUAUGAUGUUGGGUCGUUCUCAAGUACUUGAGCGGUCUGCGACUCCUACAGCAUCAGGUAGACGGUCCUUGGAAAACUCUAUUAAUUCCUUAGAUGGUCGAUUCUCCGACGCAGACAGCGAGGCUGGAUACGGAUAUCAGGGUCAAUCUCAUUCACUCUCGGUUAGUCGGUUCGAUGGAUUCAACGAUGAGGUAUUGGAUAAUCCUGGAUAUCUCGACGAGGUCUUCCACUCGCAGUUCGUUGAUGAUCCUGAAGACUCAACCGAGUUACCGCCGCGAUCGCCCGAAGAUACUGGUACUCCCAGACCUCAGAGUCCUCAGAUAGACUCGUCCCAAGUGGAGACAUGGCACGAUUUUGACGAACCUCAAUCUCAGAGUCAACACGAGUAUACUGUUGAAGAUACUCACUUUUACGAUCCACUAGGGCAAAGUGCGCAAAUUGAGUCAUUUCCAGAGGCAACCCAUUCGUUCUCUCCGGAACCAAUCCAACAAUCUUACUACGCGGACCUACCGACUACUCCUUCAUCUCCAGAAGAAGACGUGAAGAGUCAAUCCAGUCAAAGUAGUUCCCAUUCUGGAUCUUUACCUGCCGAGUUAUCGGAAUCGAAACUCUUUAGUCACGAAGAGGCAUCGAGCAUGUAUAUGAGUGCUGUCAGCGGCACCUCCAGCCAUGGAGAGCCGGUAAUGCCUGGCGCCUGGGACUCGCGAAAUUUUGAGUCACCCACACACGAAGGAGAGACAGUCGACGAAUCAGUGACACGUUCCAAUCAAGAGGCAGGAGCUUCAACUCCAAAGGUUGGCGUUGAAUCUCCAUCAUUUAUCAAUAAGAAUAACGAUGCCCCGCGAACCCCGACACGAGAGUCUUAUCAGCCAGACUUUCAACAUCACACAAGCGCUGCCGUCAAGACCCACACGGAAGAGCUCGAGGUGACUCGCAGAAUCAUUGAUAUUAGCAGAAUCGUAGUCUGGGUACCAGAGAACGUCGACAAUAGUCAACAAGAGCCUCAGGAACAACUACAACCUCAGUAUCCCGGCACUACUAUGGCCCAGUCAAUUGAUAGUGAUGCUCUUGGAAUUUCGCGAAUGGACUUUUCAACGUCGAUGCGCCGUAGUUCUAUUACUUCGUCAAUUGCCAUUGAUAGUGGUGAGCAGUUUGGUAAUAGAAACGCUGAUGUAGCUGGGCCUCUCUCUUUCAGCAAUGCACCAAGAGCCAUAUGCGUUGAUGUCGGCGAAACUGUUGUCCAAUUUGACAUAGCGACCGGAUGGUUACUUGUUAAGGCAAGUCAAAAGGUUAUCACUACCUUUAGUGUUGAGCAUUCAGAGGCAAAUGUUUCGAAAAACAAUCAGAAAUCUUCGUCGACAGAGUACACACAUUUCAAGUUCAGCCUUCAAUCCUGUUCGGUCAAAUUCGUGGAAAGUCUGGCUGGUGGCUCCUACUAUACGCGAGUCAAGGCUCCCGAAUCGCCCCAAUCCACUUCAUCUACCGGAGAGGAUGUCAUCCUGCAGGUGCAAAUACUCUCAAUUACUUCUAACUAUCUAAGUGCAAAUGACACAAUGAAAUUCCAACUCAAUGUGACUAAAUUUGUUCUUGGAUGUGCAACCGAGCCUCUGAUCUCCUUCAAUAAGGAUCUCAAGAUGAGAGAAUCUGUCAGAGAUGUGCGAACACCUGUUCCUCGCGAUGUCACACUCACUAUCAUAAAGACUCCAUCAUCCGGCAAGGUCGAGUUUGCUACUUUACCAUUACAUAUUAAUUUCAACAUACAGAAAUUGGAGGAAAUCUUUGGAAUGUUCGGCGGUCUGAGCACCCUCAUGGAGCUCGGAAGUUCUAUGGCCUCUGUUUCAACGGUCCGGGGAGAUAAGUCAGAUUCCAUAAAAAAGUCAACACGUGGUGUGCGAUUCGAAGGAGUGCCGUCUCCGAAGGCCCCUUCUCCCAUAACAACAACAUCUGCUCCGUGGAAAAUAAAUGCAAGGCUAGAUGGCAUUAUACUUGACCUUGUAGGCGAAACCUGCCGCGUCGAAUUGGUGACUAGUGCAGUCAAGGCUGUAAGCAGAUUUGAAGGCAUCGGAAUUCAGAUCGACAAGGCUAACGUUGUCGGACCUUUACUCUUGGACAACGACGCGGAUCGCCCAGCUACGCUCAGUAUCGGAAAUAUUCGAAUCGAGUACUUGUAUUCGCCAAAGGAAGUCGAUCUCGACCGGCUACUAUCUCUGCUUACGCCCUCAAAGGAUAAAUAUGAGGAUGAUGAUGACAUCAUGCUCGAUACACUAUUCCGACAACGAAGACAGGGCGGCGUUCUCCGCGUCACAGCCUCGACAGCCAAGCUGACCAUUCCCGAUAUCGAAGGAUUAAAACCUCUAUCCGACCUUCCCAACGAAAUUGCAAGAUUAUCCAGCGUGACCAAGUAUCUACCCGAAGAUGAUCGACCCGGCGUUAUGACUCUUGUGCUCAUUCGUGAGUUUGAGAGCCAUACGCAUGUCAACGAGAGAGUAGGAGAUUUGCGAUUAGCGACAAAAGAUACGGAAUUAGCUCAAAUCGGCAUUCCGUCUCUGGUUGCGGCUCAAGUGAAAAGUAUCUCGCUUAGCAGAAAUGGCACCGAGGAACUUGUAGGUGAAGCUCUGGAUAUUGCUGCAGGUCAAAGCCACAUAUCAUCAUCUUUGCCCAUGUUGAUGGUGCGUUUUAUCGCGGAUGAGAUGGAUCCUACCGUCAAAGUCAAACUCCACGGCUUCAGGGUGGAAUAUACUUUGCCUUCAAUCAUAGCGUUCUCCGGACUAGGAAAUGACGCCACAUCUGAUGACCUCGCCUCCAAAAUGGCCAGCUCGGUGGCUAAUUUGACGGAAAUAAGCGCGCCUCAAUUUCACGGACCACUGUUUGGGGAGUUCGGCGGCUCUGAGCCUGAUACAAAGCCUUUCAAGCUCGCUAUGUCUUUGAGAGACUGUGUUGUCGGUUUGAACCCACGUGACAUGCCUGCGAAAGGAUUGCUGGUAUUUACAUAUGCCAAGUUCGAAUGCACGAACCAAGACAAGGGGCCUUUCGAGGCAAACUUUGAAAUAAAAAAGGCUACAUUGAUGAUAAUAGACGACGUGCAAAUGAUUGGCAGCAGUGAUAGUACAGGUAAUCGAACCAUCGGUGAGAGCCAGGAGGAACAAGUCAACAAACUCGGCAAGAUGGGCUUUGUCCCAGUCUCGUACAUAUCAUCGGCAGUGCUUUCAAUCAAUGUGCAGCCACCCGACUCGGUUGGCGAUAAGUCUGUUGAUGUAGAGUUCAGAGACGACUUGCUCAUCUUGGAAACAUGUGCAGAUUCCACUCAGACACUCAUUAGCCUUCUCAAUGGUCUUUCUCCACCCUCAUUGCCAAGCGCCUCGCUCAAAUACCGUACUGAGGUCAUGCCGUUGCAAGAAAUGCUAAGCUCAUUCACGGGAGAUGCAUUUACAACCGACCAAGUCACGAACGCCGAAGAAAUAUCUGUACAUGAGGCUGAAGAAAACUUCGAGGGCGCUCUUGACGAUGAGGUUGACUAUGUCAGCGAAUUCUAUCCCCAGGAGCCUGGUUUUGAAGGGCCGAUCAGCGCAAGUAUGAUGGAUCCUAUGGCUGAUAUGUCUCGAUCCAGGCAACUUAUGGACAGCUUUCAUUCUCAAUAUACUGUUUCUACAAGUGUGACGGGACUCGAAUUUCAAGAUGAUCAUUUUGCUAAAAAGUCAACGGUCGGUGGCACCGCUCAUAGAUGGAACACCACUCAAAAUACCUAUGGUCUCGCGAAUGAAGUUAAACUUCAUGGCAGCCCUUUGAGGGUCAGAGUUCGUGAUGUACAUUUCAUAUGGAAUUUGUUUGAUGGCUAUGACUGGCAACGCACUCGAGACACAAUCUCCAAAGCCGUUAAGGACGUCGAAAUGAAAGCUGCAGAACGACGUGCAAAGACCGCAAGUCGACUAUCUCCGGAAGAUGAAGAAGAGGAAUCAGUGAUUGGUGAUUUCCUCUUCAACUCCAUUUACAUCGGCAUACCGGCAAAUAAAGAUCCUCGUGAGCUAUCUCGUGCAAUCAAUCAUGACAUCGACGAUAUGGCAAGUGAGACCGGCAGCUAUGUUACGUCAACGACUGUCACUGGUUACACUUCUCAUCAAAAUCGACCUUCCUCGACUCGCGGGAAAAAGUUACGCCUAUCACGAAGCAAGCAUCACAAAAUGACCUUUGAACUAAAGGGUAUCUCUGCGGACUUCGUCGUGUUCCCGCCGGAUGCUGGUGAGACACAGAGUACAAUAGACGUACGAGUGAAUGACCUGGAGAUUUUUGAUCAUAUUCCGACUUCGACAUGGAAGAAGUUUGCUACAUACAUGAACGAUGCGGGGGUGCGUGAAAGUGGAACUAGUAUGGUGCAUUUAGAGAUUAUCAAUGUGAGACCGGUGGCGGAAUUGGCGGCAUCUGAAAUUGUUCUCAAGGCUACUGUGUUACCCCUCCGUCUUCAUGUUGACCAAGAUGCGCUGGACUUUUUGAGCCGCUUCUUUGAGUUCAAAGACGAGUCGGCACCUGCUCCUAGCUCGCCAGGCGAUACUCCUUUCUUACAACGAGUUGAGGUCAAUGCAGUACGAGUCAAGCUUGACUUCAAACCUAAAAGAGUUGAUUACGCAGGCUUACGCUCUGGACGGACAACCGAGUUCAUGAAUUUCUUCAUUCUAGACGAGGCAGACAUGGUCAUGCGACAUGUCAUAAUAUACGGUGUUUCGGGCUUUGAAAGACUUGGCCAGACAUUGAACGAUAUUUGGAUGCCUGAUAUUAAGCGGAACCAGUUACCAGGUGUACUAGCAGGGCUCGCGCCUAUCCGAUCUCUAGUAAAUGUCGGAAGCGGUGUGAAAGAUCUUGUCGUCGUUCCGAUGCGCGAGUACAAGAAAGAUGGUCGAAUAGUGCGCAGCAUCCAGAAAGGCGCCUUCUCAUUCGCCAAAACCACCACAAACGAACUGAUCAAGUUGGGAGCCAAGCUAGCGAUAGGAACCCAGACAGUUCUCCAAAGUGCUGAAGACUUCCUCAGUACCCCGAUUCCUGGAGCGGCCCAUGGAGAAGGAGACGGUGACUCUACCGAUGAAGAAGAGAAGAAACAAAUAUCCCAUUAUGCCGAUCAACCAGUAGGAGUUGUCCAGGGUCUUCGAGGUGCGUUCCGCAGUCUCGAGCGUGAUUUACUCAUGACGCGAGAUGCCAUUGUCGCGGUUCCGGGUGAAGUCAUGGAGAGCACCAGUGCCGCGGGAGCUGCAAAGGCAGUCUGGCGACGUGCACCCACUGUCAUCCUACGACCUGCGAUCGGAGCUACACGUGCGGUUGGUCAGACUUUGCUCGGAGCAGGAAACUCGCUAGAUCCAACAAAUCGACGAAGAAUUGAAGAUAAAUACAAAAGGCAUUAA